UUCUUUGCUUUGUCUUAUCGAUUUGAUCCGCUUCCGCUUUGCGGUCGAACCUGCGGAAGUUUGGGAGAUUUAGAUUUUAUUUUGUGGCACUGCAGAUUCUUUUAUGACUCAGUAUCAUUUGCGAUUCUUUUGAAAUGAGCUGGAGACUUGUUCUUCGUGCUUCGGCGUUUUGUUUGAUCUAUUUGGUUUGGUGAUGCCAGAUCAGCGUCGAUUUUUGUAGGCAUCGUUUAAGGUGGAAGAAAUGUAGAUGACUUGUUUCGAUGUGGAUGCUUCGCGUAGUUGGAUUGGCUUUUCCUGUCCCUUUUCUUUCUUUUUUAUGCAUCUGAACGCUUAUUGGCAGAUUUGUAGAAGUUUAGCAGAUUCCGUCUGGUAGAUCAAUUUAUACCAUUAGAUUUAGGGAAGAAUCAUUGACACGGUGAAGUUUUUAUCUAUUUGUUACUGUUUAAGUCUUGAAGUCUGCCUUCUCUCGAGUUCGAAAAAUACUCCCAGAUGAUCGAAAAAUGAUACGAGUGUGAACAGAUAUGGGUUUGUGUAAUUUUUCCGGUUGUUUUCUGCUGCACACAGCUUUGUUGAACAUGCUGUAUGGGUGUUUAUCUUUUCACUUUCAUAGCGAUUUCUCAAGAUCUACAUCGAGUGACGCUUCUUGGCUAUUUUACCAGGAAAAAGAAGGCGGUUCUCUGCCAAUGGAAUCGUGUGAUUGUUAUGACACGCAAGGGCACCAGGAUGAACUCUUAGUGAGAUAUCAGUACAUCUCAGAUGUGCUGAUUGCUGUUGCGUACUUCUCCAUUCCUCUGGAGUUGAUAUAUUUUGUGCAGAAAUCCGCUUUUUUCCCUUACAGGUGGGUGCUCAUGCAGUUUGGCGCUUUCAUUAUUCUCUGUGGCGCAACCCACUUCAUAAAUUUAUGGAUGUUUUUCUUGCACUCCAAAGCUGUUGCAGUGGUGAUGACUAUCGCAAAAGUUUCAUGUGCAAUUGUGUCAUGCGCUACAGCAUUGAUGCUUGUUCACAUAAUUCCAGAUCUUUUGAGUGUCAAAACACGGGAAUUGUUUCUGAAAAGAAAAGCCGACGAGCUUGACAGAGAAAUGGGCCUUAUUCUAACUCAAGAGGAGACCGGAAGGCAUGUAAGGAUGUUGACUCAUGAGAUCAGAAGCACGCUUGACAGGCACACUAUUCUGAGAACCACUCUUGUCGAGCUUGGUAGAACUCUUGACCUGGAGGGGUGUGCGUUAUGGAUGCCAUCUAAAAGUGGUCUGAAUCUGCAGCUUUCCCAUACGUUGAACUACAAAAUACAAGUAGGAACCAGUGUGCCAAUAAGUCUUCCGACAGUCAACGAACUUUUCAACAGCGCUCAUGUAAUGUAUAUACCUCAUACAUGCCCUUUGGCGAAAAUUGGACCUCUUGUUGGGAGAUACACACCGCCCGUCAGUGACUGGUCUGAUCUCUCGGGCAAAGGUUAUGCAGUCAUGGUCCUUAUUCUCCCCGCAGAUGGUGCCAGAAAAUGGCGAGAUCAUGAAUUGGAGCUCGUCGAAGUCGUAGCAGAUCAGGUGGCUGUUGCACUCUCACAUGCUGCAAUUCUGGAGGAAUCCAUGCACGCUAGGGACCAGCUAAUGGAGCAGAAUUUUGCAUUAGAUAAGGCUCGACAAGAGGCAGAGAUGGCCGUACACGCUCGAAACGAUUUCCUAGCAGUCAUGAAUCACGAGAUGAGGACUCCAAUGCACGCAAUCAUCUCGCUGUCUUCACUCCUACUGGAGACCGAGCUGUCUCCAGAGCAAAGAGUUAUGAUCGAGACAAUUCUGAAAAGUAGUAACCUUGUAGCUACACUCAUCAGCGACGUCCUUGAUCUUUCCAGGCUCGAAGACGGUAGCUUGGUGUUGGAAAAUGAACCAUUCGAUCUCCAGGGCGUCUUUGAAGAGGUGAUAACUCUGAUAAAGCCCAUCGCGUCUGUGAAGAAGCUGUCGACGAAUUUGAUUCUGUCAGCGGACUUACCAGCAUAUGCAGUGGGUGAUGAGAAACGCCUAAUGCAGACGAUCCUGAAUAUAGUGGGAAACGCUGUGAAAUUCACAAGGGAAGGGUACAUCUCAAUUCUAGCCUCUAUACUGAAACCAGAGACGUUGAGAGAGUGGCAGACUCCAGAAUUCUAUCCGGUCCCAAGUGACAGCCACUUCUAUUUGUGCGUACAGGUGAAGGACACAGGAUGUGGUAUCCACCCACAAGACAUCACUUAUCUCUUUACCAAGUUUGUGCAGCCACGUAGGGGUUCACACAGAAACCAAGCUGGUGCUGGCCUGGGACUGGCCCUAUGCAAGCGAUUCGCGGGGCAAAUGGGAGGGCACACAUGGAUAGAGAGCGAGGGAGUGGAGAAAGGCUGCACCGCUUCCUUCAUUGUCAGGCUUGGUGUCUGCAAUGCCCCCACCCAUUCAAUUGCUGACAAAUCUAAAAGCAGCCAAGGGAUCUAGUGGUGAUGAUAUGAAUCUCUCUAUUCUUGAAUCUUGAUCGCAAUAAGCGUCAACGGCGAUAGCCGAGGCCCAUAUAAAAACCAUUGCUCUUGCUUGUUGUAAAUAACUAACUAAUAAACUUUUUUCACGUCUUCAAACGACAACUGCUACGAGGACGAGCUACCGCUUCUUCUUUUAAAACAUUUCUCGCAUCUUUGGGAAUCAUCCAAAGGUUUUCCAUUGUGGCGCCUUUAUAGCUUUAACAUUACUUUACUUGCAAUGAACGCGGCCCAAAUGAAAUACAAAAGGCACAACGGGGGACGUUGUUAUCAGGAAAUUGGAACACUUUUCACGUUAGAAGUGUUUUGUAAAAAAAAAACUAAAGUUUCACGGGACACAUUGAUGCAAAACUAAUUUUACAUUAGUAAAA